AUGAGCACCCAUCCAACUGCGUUUUACGCCGCCCAAGUGGUGGGCUUGACUGGCGCCGCCUGGCUUUCCGGCAAAAUCAUCUCAUUGAGCACAGUCACUGUGCCUGCACUGAUACAGGCGACACGCGAAGAUAGAUUACCGCUCGAUGCUGCUGUCAAAUUAUGGCGCAAGCUUUAUAACAGAGGCAAAAGCCAAGCUCCUCCUAUCGCCGCUGUCACCUCCACAGCGUUUCUUUAUUGUGCCUGGGCCGUUCGCACUAGCACGACGCUAGCCCCCUUGACCCCGACUCACAGCUCUUCUUUGUACUGUGUGGCAGCGGCCUUGACGUUGGGGAUCGUACCCUACACCUUUGGUAUGAUGCUGGGUACCAACAACAAGUUGAUGGAUCUAGCCACCUCGAAUCGGGUGGUCGACGAGAAGUCGAGCGUGGAAGUUGAGUCAUUGUUGUCCCGGUGGCUGAAGCUCAAUGCCGGUCGGGGAUUGUUACCGUUGGUAGGAGGCCUUGUUGCUCUUACUGCAGCUAUUCCUUGGCCCCUGGAGAUGAUUUAA